CUUGUUAAAAUUAUUAGUAGUAAUAUUAUAUAUAUAUAUAUAUAUUAUAGUGAUGGUGGAAACAGCAUGCGAUCCUGCUAUAGAAAGACAUUUAAAAGGUCACAAGGAUGCAAUUACCGGUCUCCACUUUCAUCCUAAUAAUAAUCAACUCGUAUCUAGUAGUUUGGAUAAAAGUUUGAUGUUAUGGAAUUUAAGUGAUUCAAUUAGAGGAUUUCAAUUAAAGGCUCACAAAGAUGCUGUCUUGGAUGUUUGUUACGCGCCUUCUGGAGAAAUCAUAGCCAGUGCAUCAAGAGAUCGUUCUAUAAGAAUAUGGAUACCUAGUAGAAUAACAGGACAAUCCAUAGAUUUCAAAGCGCAUUCGGGAGCUGUAAGCUCAUUAGAUUUUUGUCCAAAUGGAGAACGGUUGCUAAGCGCGUCCUAUGAUAAAACUUGUAAAUUGUGGAUGUUAUGUAAAAGAAAAUUUCUUCUAUCAUUUAAUGGACACACAAAUUGGGUCAGAUGUGCCAAGUUUUCUCCUGAUAGCAGACUUAUAAUAUCUUGCAGCGAUGAUAAGACUGUUAAAUUAUGGGAUGUCUCUACUGGAAAAUGUGUUAAAACUAUUAAUGAAGUUAAAGCUCCAGCCUUAUACGUAGAAUUUCAUCCAAGUGGUGGUGUUAUUGGAUCAGCUAAUACCGGUGGAUACAUCAAAUUAUAUGAUCUAAGGAUGGGUUCGUUGUAUCAACAUUAUGCCAUCCACAAAGGUCCUGUGAACGUAGCCAAAUUUCAUCCCAAAGGAAAUUUUAUGUUAACUGCUUCCGAAGAUACUACUAUGAAAGUUUUAGAUUUAUUGGAAGGCCGUCCAAUCUAUACACUCAAAGGGCACAAUGGUGCUGUUAGAUCAAUCGCCUUUUCUCUCAACGGAGAUUACUUUGUAUCGGGUGGUGCUGAUUUUCAGCUUUUAACAUGGAAGACUAAUUUUGAUAAAGAUGAUAACAAUAGAAAAGUUCCUAGAGUAUUCAUACCGCCUGUCCAAGAUAUUAAAUAUGAUGAAGAUGAAUGGUCAAGCGACACGGAUACUCGAGAAGAAUCAAGACAUGAGAAAACUGAAGAUUAUGCAGAACAGUUUUUAUUAUCAUCGCUGGAAUCUGUGGAAUCUAAAUUUGAUUCUAAAAUUUGUAAAGAAUCUAUUCCCAAGUUACCUAAUGAAAAUAUACAAGUCGAAGUGAUUAAUUUGAAAAAAGAGAGACAACGCAAGGAAAGAAAACAAGAUUCUUCUUGUAUUGGACAAUAUAAAGUACCUGAUUCGUAUUCUAGUCAAUCUAGUAAUAUAAUAGAAAUGUUAAAUGAACAAGUUGAAUCAUUACGAAAUACUGUUCGUAUAUUAGAACAACGAUUAAGUGCAGUUGAGAAAGAACUUAAACAUAAAUAAAUAUACACAUAUAAACAGAAUUAAUUACAUCAAAUAAAACAAGUUUAUUACAUACUAGUUAAUAAAUGAUAUGAAAAUUUGUAGGUUGUAAUUGUUGAUAAAUGAACAAUUGUUGAUAAAUAUAAUUAUAAAAAGUUAGAAAACUUUAUUGACAAAUUUUCCUUAGUUUAUUUUGAUCGUAACCAUUUAACCAUGAUUAUAAAAGACUGUUGUAAAAAGAUCACAAAAGGGGGAGCCACGCACGUCAAUCUAAAUGGACUAAAAGAACAACUCAUUGCCUCUAUGAUUGUAUGUUAUUAGUUAUAAGUGAAAUUGUUGAAAACUUGAUCAAACGAUU